AUGAUCAGCGCACUGUAUUUCUUAGGACUGCUGAGCUCCACAGUGGCCUGGGGGCGUGUAGGUCUGUGGAGUGAUGGGAGUGCAAGGAAUGGGACAGGAGGUGGAAGUGGGGACAGGUGUACCUGUGAUGCCUUCCUGCCCAGUUCCACCUUUCCUAUAAAAGAUCUGGUAGUGGUAGAGCAGAGAGCUGUGGAGAUCUCCCACAAACUGGAGCUGGAGAUGGGCAAGCUGGAAGAUUAUGAGAUCAAGAUGACUGCAUACGCAGAAAUGAUUGUAAAUUUGACAGUGGAAAUUGACAAAAUGGAGAAUAACCCUCAUCACUACAAUGACGUCGACAUGGUCAAUAUAAAGGUGGAGAUUAAACAAGUAGAGGCCCUAAUUAAAGAGCUUCAGCUUUCCAUCAGAGGCUCCACCAGUCUCUUUGAGUCUCUACAUGUGCAGAUCACAGCCAUGGUGGGGACCCUGACCGAGUUGGAGAAGACCUACGACAAGAACAGCAUUUUGGCGACGCGCAGGGAGUACAUCAAAGUGCAACUGCAACUGGAUGAGUGUGAGAGGCGCCACCAGGAGCUCUUCAACCCCAAUAUUGGGUCUUGUGCACACACAGGUAUCAUCAAGGUCAGCAAGCCCAUUGUGAGUCAACUAAAUGCCCAACUGAAUGCUGGCUACAAAUAUGGAGGGUGGGGGAAAGAUUCAAAGCCUAUUCCUGACAGAGAGUCCAUGUACUGGUACUCUGGUUACAGUAGUAGCUCCAUUGUUGACAUUAGGUUUUACACUAAUUACAAGAAUCUCAUCUUGAGAAACCAUUUCCAGCAUCACAAUUUACAAAACAGCUGGACUGGCACAGGAAACAAUUUCAUAAUCCGUGACAACACUCUGUAUUAUCAGAUCAAUCGCCCGUUCGGAUUAGCCAAAUUGAAUUUCACCACCAUGGCAUAUGAGUCCAGGGUGAUUCCUAGGGCUAGCACCAGAUUCUCCUACUCUAACUCCCCCUAUCAGAAUUUUGACUUUUCCGCUGAUGAAUCCGGCUUGUGGGUGACAUAUGCCACAGAUGAGUCCAGUGGCAGGAUGGCCAUAGCUAAAAUAAAUGAGCUGUCUUUUGGGAUUGAGGAGGAGUGGCAGACUAGUGUCUAUAAGCCAGGAGUGAGCAAUGCCUUCAUGGUGUGUGGAGUUCUGUAUGCAGUCAAGACAGUUGAUAUCAAAACUGAGGAAAUAUUUUACAAGUUUGACACCAAAACCAAACAAGAGAGCUACAUCAGUAUUCCCUUUGAGAGGUUUCAGGAUAAGUAUUCCAACCUGGACUACAAUCCCACUGAUCAGAAGCUUUACAUGUACAAUGAUGGCUACUAUGUGAAUUACCAUCUGUGGUUUAAUAACACAACUGAAGCCACAGUGAAGCCACCAUUGAUCUGA